UUCACAAACCCAAUCAAUCAUCAUAUAUAUCACAAGACACAUCUGUUCUUUUGUGUUGGAUUUGUAAUUUCAAUUUCUCCAUCAUAGAGACAAAAAAUAAAACCACUUUGGUGUUGGUUUUUAGAAGUGUGAAAACAAAAAUGGGCAGAAAAUGCUCACAUUGUGGAAACAUAGGCCAUAAUUCAAGGACAUGUAAUUCCUUAAGAGGGGGUGGUAAUAGUAGUUUUGUUGGAGUUAGACUCUUUGGUGUUCAAUUAGAUUUAUCUUCUUCUUGUGUUUCCAUGAAAAAAAGUUUUAGUAUGGAUUCUUUAUUUCCAACUUCUUCAUCUUCUCCUUCUUCCUCUUUUUCUUCCUCAAGAUUAUCCAUUGAUGAUAGAACUUCUAUUGGGUAUUUAUCAGAUGGUCUCAUAGUUAGAGCACAAGAAAGAAAGAAAGGAGUUCCAUGGACAGAAGAAGAGCACAGAAAAUUCCUUGUUGGACUUGAGAAGUUAGGAAAAGGAGAUUGGAGAGGUAUCUCAAGAAACUAUGUGACUACAAGAACACCAACUCAAGUUGCAAGUCAUGCUCAAAAGUACUUUAUUCGACUUUCAACCAUCAAUAAGAAGAAGAGACGUUCAAGUCUCUUUGACAUGGUUGGUAGCAGCAACAGAAACAGAAGAGUUGAUCCAAUGAACAUCUCAAAAAGCAAGUCAGGAGAAUCUAUUUGUUGUAGACAUGAUGAUUAUGAACAUGUAAAAUCAAAAUGUGAAGCUGAAAAAGAUGCCACGUUGUCACUUCUAGUAACAUCAUUUGAACAAAACAUUGGUGAUAGUAAUAUUAAUUCCUCUGUGUGUCAAGUUGAAGAAGCAGAACAUGAAAAUGUGCCUGUUUGGUUACAUCCUCUAACAAAGUCAUUAAAUAUGAAACUUGUGAUGCCAAAUUCUUCAAAUGCAGCAACACCUGAUCUUGAGCUAUCUCUUGCAGUCCCUAAGGCUAAGAAUAUGGAACAAGAUAAAACAUCAUCUAGUUCAUUUCUUAUUGGGCCAAUUAGUGUGACUUAAUUAUUAAUUAGGAAAACUUUAUAUAUAUUAUUUGUUAGAGGGGGUGUAUCUUUUUGUUUAAUUUAUUGUCAACUAUAUAUAUAUAUAUAUCAACUUAUAUGUAAAAGAUCAUAUGAUCUGAUCUUAUCAAAGAAAGCCAUUUUUCAUGAUGUUAA